UCAUUCCUGGAGCCAGACGCGGAGAGAGCGCACAGACGCGCCGCCACUCCGACUCCGAGUCACCGCGUGUUUCUCACAGGCUGGACGCGCAUUACGCAUCUCACAUUUUGGAUUCAUUUGACUGUGACAGACAUCUGUAGGCGACGGCUGGCCUUCUAUAACCGGUACAUCUAAAUUCUCACGGAAAAAACGCACUUCCACUCGGCUAGAAAGAGAUUUUUCCAAGGCUCAGAGGUGGAUUUACCGGAGCGCCCUUGCUUUAUUUGGAUCUGUUUUUCUUAGACAUGUUCGGACCAUGUCUGCUUGGUUUUUAAGUACUUGGACGGACUGUCUGGGAGAAAUAACGAACCGACAAACCAGCGAACGUGAACUGGAAACUGGAUCGAGGAUCUAGGAUGGUGUGUGGAUUUAUAUCGAAGACGCGCCGGUUCGACUUUUUAUUCUAAUGCGACUUGUGUCAUUAUUAUUAUUAUUAUUAUUAUCGAGUACAGAUCUACCCACAGAUUGGACCGCACCGGGUCGUGUAGAUUAGAUAUUUUUAUGAUCCGCUGCUUAGUUUAGUGGGUGGAAAACCAAAUUAAAGACUGGCGUAUGGUACAGAUUGCCUUUGCUGCGCCCAGCUCUUGCACCGUCUCUCGGACUGCGCGGCGCCGCCUGGCCUCGGAUCCCGGGACCUGCUUCAUGAUUUGCGGAAGCCAUGCUCGCUCUUUAGCCGGGAGAUCCUCUGCUUGUCGUCGCGCAUGUUCAGGACCAGACGGUCAGGGCUCGUCCGGCGACUCUGGAGGAGCCGCGCGCCCGUCGACGCUGACGCGGACGAGGCGGCGGACACCGGGGCGCACGGAGCGGGAGGCGCCGGCGGCGGGAGAGCAAACGGAGGCUUGUGCAUGGGCAAAGCGGCCAAGGCCGGCGGCGGCAACGGGAACACCGAGGCCGAACUGAAAGCGCUUACACACUCGGUGCUGAAGAAGAUCAAGGAGAAGCAGCUGGAGCUGCUGCUGCAGGCCGUGGAGUCGAAAGGCGGAGCGCGCAGCCCCUGCCUCAUGCUGCCCGGCCGGGUGGACGCCUACUCGCUCCCGCUGCUGCUCUUUAAGGUGUUCCGCUGGCCCGACCUGCGCCACUGGUCGCAACUUAAGCGGCUGCCGUGCUGUGAAUCAUACGGGAAGAUCAACCCGGAGCUCGUGUGCUGCAACCCGCACCACAUGAGCCGCCUGUGCGAGCCCGAAUCCCCCCCUCCUCCGUACUCACGAUAUCCAGUAGACCUUCUUAAACCACCUGAUUCUCCAGACUCAGCGCCUGCUUCCACUGAAACUGGGGGAACGAUACAUUCAGCCCCUGUGGGGUUUUCAGAUUCCCAAGGUCUUCAGGAGAGCGGCGAGCGUGAGCACUGGUGUGUGGUGGCGUACUGGGAGGAGAAAACACGUGUCGGCCGCCUCUACUCAGUCCGGGAACCGUCCCUGGACAUUUUCUAUGACCUACCUCAGGGCACAGGCUUCUGCCUGGGCCAGCUCUGCUCGGACAGUCGGAGCGCGCUCGUGCACAUGGUGCGGCCCAAGAUCGGCUACGGCAUCCAGCUGAACCGCGAGGCCGACGGCGUGUGGGUGUACAACCGCAGCCGCUACCCCAUCUUCAUCAAGUCGGCCACGCUGGACGACCCGUCGUCGAGGACGCUGCUGGUGCACAAGGUUUUCCCCGGCUUCUCCAUCAAAGCCUUCGACUACGAGAAGGCCAAGAGCCUGCAGCGGCCCAACGACCACGAGUUCAGCCAUCAGCCGCGCGCCGGAUUCACCGUGCAGAUCAGCUUCGUCAAGGGCUGGGGCCAGUGCUACACCAGACAGUUUAUCAGCAGCUGCCCCUGCUGGCUCGAACUCAUAUUUAAUAACCGAUAGCCACAAGUCACGCCACCCUCACCCCUUCAUCGCCAUGGGCACGGACUUAUUUCGUUGGGACGAUUUACUUUCGGUUUUCCUUGUUUUUUGUGACAGAAAGAGGAAAAAGUUCUCCAGAAGAUUUUACGAGAGAGGAAAAAAAUGCAAGAAAAAACCCUAAAUGAGCGGGUUUUUAUAAAACGACUAAGAUUUAAAUAAGUGAAAUGAAAUGUAUUGUUAUAUAUAAAUAUAUUAUUACUUGUAAAUAUGAAGACGUUUUAUAUGCAUUGUUAUUUAUGUAUUGUGCAGUGUGUUGAUAGAAAUAGAAAAAGAUGCACUUUGCUUAAUAUAAAUGCACACAGGAGAAAUGCCAAAAUAA